AUUUUAGCCCAAAUUCAGCCAUGAAGAAUGUUUUCAGGAAGUAGGAACCCAGCUCUCGGCCCUUUGAUUCAUCUAGCUGGAGUGGACUGCCCAUUCAGGGUCACAGAUCCCUCGCUUCGAUUGACACAUCUAAAAUUAUGAACAGCUCAGCAUCCUUCUCCCAGUACAAGUCAGAGGAUGGUACCGUCUCUUCAGCAUUUGGGCAAAACUACUCCCACACUGGGACACCAAUACCCACUCCAAUUCCUAACCGUGCAACCUCCAAAAACACAAGUAGUUAUGCUGCCAAAACAGAGUCGUUGCUCUUUAACAAGAUUGAUGAGAGACAGAGGCUGGCCCGUGAGCGCAGAGAGGAGCGGGAAAAACAGAACGCUGCCAAAGAGGCCCAGUGGCAGGCAAGAGAGGAGCGAGCCAGGCAGCACUAUGAGAAGCAGCUGGAGGAGAAGAGGAGAAAACUGGAAGAGCAGCGAAUAAAGGAGGAGAAAAGACGGGCUGCCGUGGAGGAGAAGCGACGACAGAAACAGGAGGAGGACCGAGCACGUCAUGAGGCGGUGAUACGUCGCACCCUGGAGAGGAGCCAAAAAACCAGACCAAAGCAAAACCGUUGGUCCUGGGGAGGGGUGCUGCACAGCAACACUACCAGCAUACCAGCCGAUGCUGACAGAAGGUCAGUUUCCACUGUUAAUUUAUCCAAACAUACGGACCCCAUCAUUACCAAGCGGCUCUCCUCCUCUUCUGCCACCCUGCUGCACUCACCAGACAGAGGCUUACAGAUGAGAACAACUUCCACCCCUGUUAUGAGCAAAGCUCUUUCCAAACCCCGCCUACAUCAGGGGAAGACCACGCAGCACAAAAACCCAGGACUCCGCCGCCUUCCGCUGACGCCAUGGGAGAGCAACGUGGUGAACCGCCUACAGCAGCCAACGCACUCCUACCUGGCCCGCAGCCGCAGUGCCAUGAGCUUGUCUGGAGACCAGUCAGCCAUGCAUAUGUGUCCUCGCUCAGUUUCCUGCCACCCCAUGGGCACCAUGUCCUUCAAGGCCCUGCAGACUCAGCCUCUCCCUCACUGCCGAAGCCAGGAUAGGAGCCUCAGCAGAGAGAAAGCUUCCCCUGCUUCCACCGCCCCACGGAGGAGAACCACGGGAACCAUGCAGCAAAAGGACCGGGAGAGUGUCAGAAAAUCCUGGAGCAACCUCUCCCUCCCUCUGGCUCCUACUUUGUCAUUACCCCCCAACAAGUCCAUUGCUUCUUCAGGCAAGAAGUCCAACAAAACAACACCGCCAUCUGCUGGCAGACCUCCACAGAAAGCGAUAGGACGCCCGUCAACCCCCAAGCUAGUUAAGUCUCCAAUUUCAGAGGAUCCUGGGAACCUUCGUCCUGUCAGGAUCACACCUGAGAACUCCCAACCGUCAACACCAACGGCACCAAAAGAGGAAGUAGAGGAGAAGGAGCAGAUUUUAAGUCCUUCUCAACCCAGACCCCAACCAGUGGGUCAGAACAAACCCUCCAGUGAGCAAAUUUCAAGCACACCAGCUGGAGUAAACGAGACUACAAACAGUCCUCCAGCUCAGAAACUGUCAGCUGGUACCACAGAUCCAGAAGAGGCAAGUCGGAUCCUGGCUGAAAAACGACGGCUGGCCCGGGAGCAGAGAGAGAGGGAGGAGGAGGAGCGGAGGCAACAGGAGGAGCAGGCGAGAUUAGCAAAGGAGGAGAUAGCCCGCCGUAAAGCUGAAGAGCGGGCAAAAAGAGAGGAGGAGGCCCAGCGUCUGGCAGAGGAGAAGAAGAGGCAGGAGGAGGAGGAGGACAGAAGGGCUGAGGAGGAGAAGCUUCAGAAGGACAGAGAGGAGGCAGAGAGACUCCGAAAACAGAAAGAGGAGGAGGAGUCUCGAUUGAGGGAGGAGGCGGAGCGAUUGAGGCUGGAGAGAGAGAAGCACUUUCAGAAAGAAGAGGCUGAACGACUGGAGAGAAAGAAGCGUUUGGAGGAGAUCAUGAAGAGAACUAGACGCUCGGACACAUCUGAAAAGAAAGUCAGGACCAGAGACAGCGAAGUGAUUCCUGGUUCUGCUGAAGCACCUGCUGCCACCGUGCCUCAGACAUCCAACAGUGAGCCUAACCUCAGCCCACAGCCCAGCACCACUGCACUGAGCCACCCAGACCAGAGGUGGGAGAACGGGGAUUUUGAAGAGGAAAUCACCCUGCCUUCACAUUCCAGGUUGUCUCCUCCUGAAGGAGAGGAGCAGCAGGAGAAGGUGGUAGAGGAGAGUAAAGUGUCUGUCGUAGCCUUCAUGGAGAACGGUCCUCUAAAGCCUCUUAGUGGAGUAGAAGAUAUAUCAGCCCAGCAAGGGCCAGAUGUGGCCUGAUGUUGCUGUGCGAUGCAAGGACUCCACAGAGACGGGAGAAACCGAGAAGGAAACAGAGAAUCAUGGAGCUAUGAGGACUGAACCAAACCAAGGAUUCCUAACACCAUAUAUUCAUAGCCAUGUCCGAGAACUGGUGUCUCCAAAGAACUACAAGGCAUCCUUCCAAAAA